UUCACUUUUACAACAGCGCAAUUCUCUUCUGAGACUUUUCAAAUAGUUCUGCUGAACAGUCUAUAUCGCAUUGGCGUAAAGGAGUCUGUAAUAAGCAUGUUGUCUAUUGUGAAAUAAUGGAAAUAAAGCAAUAAGUAAGAAUAAUAUUCUUACACUAUUUAAUGUGAAAAUAUCAGGCAAAUUGGAAUAACAUAUUUGAAGGUAUUUUACAUAAUUUGGAAGAAGAAAGUGGCUCAUGGUUAUUUGUCUAAUCUUGGGUGAACAGAUUAUUAUCAUUUAAUGAUGAUAUGUUAGAGAUUUGCUAUCCUUAAUUCAAUUUAGUUAUGGACGAUUUAUUCAAUUCGUCAUUUUUCAACAGUUAUCUCAACAAAAUGACUUCUCCGCCGUGUAUAUUAGAUGAUUUCAUGCCAGUGAAUAACUCAAACAGUUCUACUGACGCUACGCUUUCGAACUGCAGUACACCAGCUUUUGACGAUUUCUUAGAUUUUGAUUUGCCAAGCAACUUUGAAUAUCAGAAACCAUCAGUUUAUAUAAUCGGAUUAAAUUUAUUCUCAUACUUCACACCAUUUAUACUAGUUAUCGGUCUUAUAGGAAACGGAUUAUCGCUAGCAGUUUUCACCUCAAAGAACAUGCGCAAAAUGUCUGCAAGUUCUUAUCUUGCGGCGUUAUCAGCAGCUGAUAUUUGUACCCUGACCUUCUAUGUGUUUAUUGAAUGGCUACGAAGAGGUCUUGUCCAUAUAAAUCCGGAUGCCGAUGUUAUUUUAACUGUUUUGAAUAGAGACGGACCAUGUCAAGUAUUCUUGUUUUUGUCAUACAUAUCUCGUGUAAUGUCAACUUGGAUAAUUGUUGUUUUCACCAUCGAACGGUUUACAGGAGUUUGUUACCCACUUAAAUCAUUCAAAGGAAAGUCAAAAAAGAUCUUAAUAGGAAUGUUGAUCAUUGGCGGUCUUCUUGUGUUAUACAAACCUAUUCUUAGCGGCGAGUACAUAGCGAGAGAACGGAUCACUUGCAGUUCAAAUCCAAUGUACAGUUUUGAGUCAUUUGUGUUGGAUUCAAUUUUUGCUUUACUUAUAACACUUGUCCCUUUUAUCAUCAUAACAAUACUGAAUAUAAUGAUUAUGCGGACUUUGUACUUAAGAAAUUAUCGCCAUAGUGAACUUUUUGCGGAAACAACUAAGAUACGACUUGAGUUUACGCUUAUCCUGCUAGCGAUUUCAUUCUUCUUUAUUGCGUUCAAUUUGCCCUAUUCCGCAGUCUGGUUCAAAAACUUUAUGUCUUCGAGAUUUCUGAGCACUGAUGCCUAUAUUUUCAAUCACAAAGACAUUGACUAUUGGAGAGGAGUGUUACAUGUUACAAGAACAGUGUUUUAUAUGAACUAUUGCGUUAAUUUCUUUUUAUACAGUAUCACGGGUGCAUAUUUUAGAAAUGAGCUUGCACUUAUGUUGCGUUUUAAACAAAGGAAAAACAGGAUCUACAAAUCACAUAUCCGUAGUAGCAGAUUUGGCAGCUCAAAUCAUUCUGGAACAAUAGCUACAUAUAUGGCUUAGGCUACAUUAAGACACAUGUGAUUUCUUUCAAAUGCAUAAUUAUGUUGUUAAAUCCACACACCAUCAGAUUGUAAGAUUAACAAUUGAAUAAUAAUUUCAGAUAAACUGUAAAUAUUGGUGUAGACAAGCAUUAAAGAUCCUGUAUGUUUUGUGAUUGAUAUUGUUGCUGUCUGUAUACCACACUUGCAAAAGAAUAUAUAUGUAUAUAAUUAUGCAAAUAAAACAAUUUUCAAACAUCCAAGAAUAUGUAAAAUGUGUACUGCAAAUAUUUGUGCACAUUAUAUGUAAUCAAUUAAUAGCAUGAAUUCAUUUCUUAUUGGAAAAUUUGACUUGGAAUUUAUAGAAAAUAACUUUCUUAUUACCUCCCUUUAUUUACAUGAAAUGUUAAAUUGGGUAAUAUCAUUAUAAAUAAUGCUUUUUGGAACUUACAAUAUUGACAAAUCUUAAUUUGAGGAUCAUAUUUUUGAAAUAAAACCAUGAAAAAAUUGUGUUACAGGAUCUUUUAUGUUUCAAUCAGUUAUUGCUUACCUCUUACAUGACAAUAUCGUCAAUAAAGCGUAUUUUAAUCGCAUAUUUUAUACUAUCAAAUUUACAUCAUUUACAUGACUUAUGACAUUAAAUAGAUUAAAAUUUCGUUAUGAAGUGAUCCAAAAAAUUAGAUAAGUCAUUUUAAGUUGACUCAGUUUUGAUCAUUUUUAUUCCUUUUUAACAUAUAGUUAUCACUUAUCUUGAAAAAUAAAAUUCGAAACACGUUGUAUUUAUUUACUAGUCUGUGUUAUACAUGUUAUAUGUAUACUUGUGUUAUAUCUAACAUUUUGACGUGGUCUUAUUAAAUGUGUUUUUAUUAAAAUUGAUAACUAAAUUGCAGUUUCAACUUCUUAUUUAAAUGACGGGUAGAUUUGCGCGCUCCAUGACGUCAUAUUAUUAAUUGCUUAUAAUGGCACGAUUACAAUAACUCGACCUACAAAGUGUUUACAAAAUAACUAAUAAUUUGUUCCGUUCCAAUUUUAUGCUUUGCAUUUAAUGAACGGUUUAAAUAUAAUAAUAUAUAAAUAUAAUAGUAUAGUAUAAUAAGAAAAUUAAUAUUUGAUGAAUGUACUGCUCUGGUUGAUUGAAUGUGAUUUAAAUAUGAUUAUAUUGAGAAAAAGCACUUUAUAAUAUCAGCUUGUAUGAUAAACUACCAGAUCAGCAAAUUCAUGUUAU